GUGUAGUUUGUGUGAAAGUUGAAGAUUUGCCCGAAGCCAUGGACAUAUGGCCUUUGGAGCCUUAAGUUCUGCAUAUUUGUAUUCGAAUCCUUCUCCAUUUGGAGGAAUCUGGGAGAUUGAUGCGAAUCUAGAUGCCACGCUCCCUGUCAACGAGUGCGCUUGUCAGGAGGCAGCUCCAGGUGUGAACUGGCAGAAGUUUCAAAAGGACUUGCGCGGCAACUUGCAAAGUGAUCCAAGUUUUUCGAGGCCGUGGGUGCAUGAGCUGUGCUCAGCUACGUAUUCAGCAUUCUUCGCAACUUCUCGAGUCGAUGAGGCAACUUUUCAGAUCUGGAAAAGCACUUGUGGCGCUGGACUCCUUGCCGUGGCAGCUGUGUGCAGCCAAUCUAUUGCACUGCAAAUGGCAGAUGUAUCUAGCCGAUGGCGCUGGACAGAGAGACCAGUGCAAGCGGAGGGCAGGGCUGUGAAAGACAUCCUGGAGGCAAUGCCAGCUGGGGACUGUUUGCGCUUAUGCGAGGAACACGAGGAAUGCGCUUCAGUUGCGCAUGGCCCCUUUGGAUGCCAUUUGAAAGAUAAGUGCGUGACUAGCGGAGAGCAGUUGGUGCUUCCCGGAGUGGCACCAGGCUACAGAACGUACUAUCAAAGAGGCGGGCCUUGCACUGCUGAAGAUGGGGUGGAGCCUGUCUCUAGCCCGCACCAUCUUUCUGAGAUCCGACUACUGAUGGACGCUGCAGUGCGGUUGCUCGACCAUGUCGUCCACUGUCUUGACAAAUCUGAUUGGCCCUUUACAAUUGAAGAGGUCCUUGCGACACUCUGCCUAAACUGCAGCAAAGCUACUGUACAGCAUUCAGCACUUGCCAUCACAGAUCCGUGCAGAAACUUGGGCCUAAGGAAUCGGAUGGAAUUCACUGCAGCUACGCUGCAUGCUCACCGAAAUGGCGAAUUUUAUUUCCGCUGGAGUCGCUCCCAAAGAUUUCUCCUUCCAGUCACAUGCGAUGCAGCUUCAAGAGCCACGGUUGGCGAUGCGGGUGCAGUCUGCCGUACAUUGAGCAGGUUGAUGAUAAGAUGGGUUCGAGGGCUUGAUUCAGAGGUUGGCUUUUGGCACGCCUUGCUGGAUCCCAGCAACGCCGAGAACCCCGAAGUUGACUUCUCGUCCUGGAGAAGUGCCCAGGACUGGCUGCUAUCAGGUGACAUUACUUGGCACUAUGGUGACAUUUGUACCUUUUUGGCAGCUGCUCGGGGUCACACUACGAGCUACGGGCGGCCAAGGGUACUGAAUGCAGGCUCUGGGCCCCUAGCACCAGGCCGAAUAGAUUGUGGUGACAGCGUCACCGUAGUAGCAAGCGACGGCUUGGCCAGAUUUUACCUCCAACUUUAUGACAUUCUCCAGCACGACCCACCAGUGGUUCCACUUCAGUGUCCAACGGAAGCUUUACACCACUGCUUCCCGCAACAUCAUUUUGAUGUAGUACAUAUGAGGAAUUCCUUGGAUCAUGCCAACGACCCACUCAUGGGCAUUUUGGAACUCAUCUGGGUUGCUCGGCCUGGUGGCUGGGUGCUGCUGAGGCAUGCUCGAAAUGAAGGCGUCGCAGGCCACUUUCAGCUUGGUCUCCAUCAAUGGGCGUUCGAUGUGGAAGAUAGAGCUGACGGGCGCCACUUUGUGAUUUGGAGCCCGUCUUUGCGAGUGGACGUCUCCGAUUGGCUUCUUUCUUCUGGCCUGGCGGCUGAGGUCAAGGCUGAAAGACGGCCACACCCGGCUGGUGGCGAAGAAGAGUACAUAUUCGUGGACAUCCAAAAGCAGCUUCCUACGAGUGUGCGUGCAAUCGAAACUGGUUGAAAAGGGCGACGCGGCGUGCAAUUGUCCCCAUUGACGUGCUUUCUGGUGUUGUCAAGUCCAGAAGGUGCUUCUUGUGUGCACUGAGCAUUGCUUAACCCGUCGAUGCAG